GGGGGGGGGGGUAACUUCAAAACAACACAAGUACUAGAGCAAGUCUGGAACAGUUCAGCUGAUUCAAGUUGUUCAGAGGACUGACUUCCCACUCUCACGCCAUCCUUCGUGAGUACCACUAUGUCGACCUGAAAAUGAGCUGGAGCGAUGCUCAGCAUUACUGCAGAGUAAAAUACACUGAUCUGGCCACCUUUGAAAACAUGGAUGACAUCAGUAGAUUAAAGAGACUUGGUCUGAAAACCUCAGAGUCAUGGAUCGGACUGACAGAUGACCCAAAAUCCUGGAUAGGAACUAUGGGAAAUGAUGCAAACUCCUGGACAUGGUCAGCAACUGGUGAAACAAGCAAAACUGGGUACCAUAACUGGAGCCCAGGGUUUCCAAAUAAUAGAGGUGGAAAUCAGCUCUGUGGGUUUUCGACAAAUAAAGGAAAGUGGGAUGAUUGGGCGUGUGACAGCAGACUUUAUUUUAUUUGUUUCCAGGAUACAAAUCCUCCAGGCCAGAAAACAUAUACUCGAAUUGAAAAGUGGAUGAACUGGACGGAUGCUCAGGCUUACUGCAGAACACACUACACAGACCUAGCCAUGAUGGAGAAUGAUCAGGAGAACACACUGAUGAUGUCAGUACAGCCAAAUUUUGACUGGAUUGGCUUGUACAGAGAAGGAUGGAGGUGGUCUGACAAGAGCGACAGCUCCUUCAGAAACUGGAUGAAUGGACAGCCAGAUAACAAUGGUAAUCAGUACUGUGUGGCUGAGAAAUCAAAUCACCUUUGGCUUGAUGACAGCUGUAAUGUGGAGAAACACUUCUGGUGCCACGAAGUCCCAUCAGUGAAGACCAUUGUGAAGAUGAAGAUUCAGACUGAUGCUGACCUUUCAGAUCCAGAUGUGAACAUCCAGAUCCUUGACCAGAUGGAUGAAAUGCUGAGGAACAAGGGACUGACUGACUUCAAGCUGCGAUGGAAGAUUCAGCCCAGAAAAGAAGAAGAGGAGGACAAAGAUGAAGAUAAAUGCCCAGUAGCUUCAUAAGUUAUAGCUGAAUUAUCAACCUUGUAGUAAAAUUAAGUAAAAACUGAGACAUAAUUGUAGUUUUAUUUUAAAUAGGAUUUCCAAAAUUGAAUUAAUAAACCACACAAUAGUUGUGUUUAAAUAGUGAUGAAUGAAAAAGUUGUUCUCUGCAAGUCAGACCGAGUCGAUCAUUUUACUACCAAAUCUAGCUGUUUGUCUGACAUUAUUGAUUCAUUUUCGAAAGAUGGAACAUAAAAGCAGAAGAUGCUUUAAUUCAGCAUAAAUUCAGUGUUGUUUGGUAUCAAACCACAGAUGGAAUCAAUGUGACCCAAACAAGGAUAUGCAAGACAGACACAAAUCAUCUGCUGUGAAAUAACAUCACUGCUUUCACAUCAACAGUGUGGCAAAUUUACAGAGAUUAUUUAAACAAUCUAUUUUCCUGUUUUUGUCUGCAAGCAUUCUGCUGAGAAAAGUUUCAUGGAAUUUACAGAAUGAGUGAAAAUGACUGAAUCUCUGUUGUAAACUAGAUCAGUGUAACAAAACAACAUGAUUUAAUCUCAGAUAGUCUUGUCUGUAGUACAACACACUCAUAGGACUGUAUGAAGGCCAUCACUGAUCACCUCUGACUAAGCAGUUUCUUUUUCUGUCAUUUAAGGGCACAUCAACGUGUAUUGUUGAUUCUUUGGUGUUAAAUAAUUGAAGCAAAUACUUCCACUGUAAACUGUGUUCAUUUCUGAGAUUUUUUUCAUACAGAUUAAGUUGAUGUUUAUGAUAGGUAAUUACAGUAGAAUUAAAUUACAUGUUUAAGCUGGAAUUCAUGACCUGACUGACUUAUUCAGACUGUUCAAACUACUGAGAAGCUAUAAAAUACUGAGGAACAGUACAAAACAUAUAAAUAACCUGGAGGGUCGAUUACUAACACUUCUGACUCUUGAUUUAAUGUCUGGGUUCUUAAAUAAUAACCAAAAGGCUGGAAAUGAAUGAAAAUAAUCAUGACAAACCCCACUGGGUGAAAAUCUUCUCUUUUGUUAAGAAUUCACAGUAGAUAACGUAUUCUAAAUACUGAUGGAAGCCAAAUAUUUACAUUUUGAAAAUCCAUUUAAACUAAUGCAAAAGGCAGCUCUUCAUCUAAUCAGCACAAAAUCCACAUAUGCAGAAAUCCACACAAAUAUAUGUAAUUGAUGGCAGUUUGCUCAGAAACGAGAAUUUACAGUUUAUAAAAGCCGCAUGAAAAGAUUUCAAAGAGGAACUUUACAAAUUUUGGCACUGAUUUCCUCUUUUUGAUAUUUGUUGUUUCAGUGUUUACUGUUACUGUCACUGUCUAUGAAGAGUGUAUUUACAUGAAUCAUAUUUCUUGCCUCUACAGUAUUAUUUUAUAUCAUUUAUUUGGAUUGAUUUUGCAUUCAUUAAAUUUCUACACAUUACAAGAACAGCAAAAAUGUGGUACAGGUUAACCAUUUCGCAUUUUUAUAUCCGGUGUCAGUCCAGGUGACCUCCGUCAGAUUCCUUUAGGAAUAUUUAAAUGAAUAACAAUAAAAUAUAGCACAUUGCUGGACACUUCUUAGAAACACCCUUUAAACACUGGCAGGUAUUAAGGAUUCUGACUUUGGGCAAUUUGCUGCUGCGUGGAUAAAUGCUGGUCGUGGUGCUGGAUUAAUCCCGCACCAUUAUUAAUCAGAUUAAAAAAUUUAAUGCAAUUAACGCGUCUGCAGCGCAGAACGACUCAAAAUCCCUGAAACAGCAACGCAUUUCGGGCAUUUUAAAUUUGAUGGGUCACUUCUAUUUUACUGGCGCAGCUUUUCCAGUGUUUAUGGCAUUAGUUCAUCAGCUCAGGAAACACACAAACCAAUUAGGUACGAGUUCAGCCAUUCCUACGUGACGCUACUCAGCCAAUUAAUUGGUCUCUGCAUUCCAGCCUAAACAUCGCAGCUCAGUUCAGAAAACAGGUGAGGGACAGACGAGAGGAGGACGGACAAAAAGAUAAACAAGAAAAGCAGUCAGAGAGUGCAGGGCUCUGCCAAGACUGUUCAUUCAUCAAUUUGUGUAUUCAGAAAUUGCGGCAACAUAGAACGUGGACAUUUAAUAUAGAUCGACCCACAAACUAACUAAACAAAUACAAAAUUGCCUUGCAUGAGUACAGAGACCGGAUUGCGUGACCGAAAUAUGCAACAGGUCGAGUGAAUUGAUGCAGGUAACUGAAACAGAGCAUCCAUACUGUUACAGAAUGUAAACACAGGUCGCAUAUGUGACGUAAGAACAUAUUUUGUCUCAGGCGGUGACGUUUCAAAACGCAAAACCCCAGUUACUGAUGUCCACAUGCAGACGCAUAAAACAGAGAAUUCGCAAAUCUUCACUUUGGUCAGAGUUUUUAAAAAGAAUCGUUUUUGAUGACGUAAAUCUGCAUUUUCGUGUGGAUGAUAGGCCGAAUCGUAGAAAAAUAUCUUCGUUUUGUGAGAUACCCGGCUACGUGUGGACAAGGCCUAAAUAUGGUUCCAGACUCACCAAUCAGCUCCAAAUGUGUUUGAGAAUGACCCUGACACCAUUCAGACCACGAGUCAAAAUACUGUCAGGGCAAGCUGCAGCUCAGUUCUCCCAUUAGGCAGCAAGGAUAAAAUGGGAGUGAUAUAAAAGAAAAAAAAAAUGUAAAAGUGUUCAACUGUUUAAAUUUUUUGAGAUUUAGGUAUUGUUAAAGAUGUAUAUAAGUUGGUCCAGGUUGUUCAGUCAUUAUUUUUCACUUUAUUUUCAGAUGUACAGUUAUAUAUCAAAAGCUAUUUAUCAAUAAAUGUUGUCAAAAUGUUUUUGAACCAUACUGAAUUUAUUUGAUUUGAUGGUCAGUUAUUGAUUACAUGCAGACACUAAUAAAACUACCAGGUUACAUCAACAUAUAUAUCAUUUCACCUCUUUAAAUUUUAGUUGAAUACCGCUGCACUAUACAGCACGUUUGCCCUCUUUUUGAAUUCAAAAAAACCCCCAAAGAUGGAACAGUCCACCAACUUACAGUAAUACACACACUCUGCAGGAAAGGGUUUUCUUUUCACCAAAGCACAGGUGUUUAAUAAACAUGUUAAGUGCAUAUAUAUUCCCUUCUUUCUUGAAUCUGUUUGCUCAUGCAAAAUAAAACGCGAUUAAUAUAGAUUAAAAAUGAAUAUUUGUGAUGAAUCGAAAUUAAUCCACAGCAACCCUGUGAUUAAUCUGAUUACAACUUUUAAUCGUUUGACAGCACUACUUUUAGUAACUCUCUGAUUGCUGCUACAAUAAAGCUGGACUACAGGAGAAUAUAAAGCACUAAGAUCAUUUGUAUCAGUGUCCUGUCACUUCACUAUUUUUAUUUUGAAAAGGAGAUUCAGGGUUUGAUUUUCAAAAGAAGCUGCACUGUUGGUAUGAGAGCUAUUUGAUUGUCAUGUAUUUAUAUUCUGCAAACUGCUUCCUUGUAUUAACUGGAAAUAAUUAUAUUGGAUAGAUUUUUAAAUUAUAUGCAAUUCCUUAAUUUGUGUUUACAUAUGUAAUAUUAGCAAAUUAUGUUUUUUUUAAAGCCUCUCUAUGGAGCUAAGCUGAACUUAAUUGGACUCAACCGUGGCACACUACAUAUGCUGUGCUAUUAAUGAUCCAUAAUGUUGGUUUGUAUCAUGAUUUACACGGUUAAGAAGUUGUGUAGUUUAGUCUGUUCGUGGCCAUGCUUGGUGUUUUUGUACUGUAUGCAAAAAGAAUUUGUUUCAAGGUUGAGGA